GAAACAACUUACCGACAGCACCUCAACCAGCAUCGAUGUGGCAGUAUUCCUAUAGACCGUCCUGGAUUUUCUGAAUUCUCCCAACUCCAGAUUCCAUUGUUUAAGAGAAAAGCCCCCGAGGAUUUUACAGUAGAUGACCAUUCAGUUGUAGGACAGACAGGCCACAGCAAAUACACUUGUAAGGUUUGUGGAAAAUGCUUCUCCCAUACUAGUGAGUUUAACUAUCACAGGCGCAUACAUACUGGAGAAAAGCCUUAUCAGUGCAAAGUGUGUCUUAAGUUCUUCCGAGGCCGUUCAACCAUCAAGUGCCACUUGAAGACACAUGCAGGCGCCCUUAUGUACAGGUGCAUCGUAUGUGGGCACUAUAGCUCCACCUUAAACCUCAUGGGUGAACACAUAGCAGUGCACAGAGGAAACCUGCCUUCAGACUUCACCAUUGACCAAACAUUCAUGUACACUAUCCACUCCAAAGAAACAGACAAGAAUGCUGAUAGCUGA